GUGUCCGGGCGGCGUGACCUUCCCGGGCGGCGAGGGAAGCGGCCAGCGUCGCCGCGCACGUGCCGCGGGACCCGGAGAAUCUCGGGGUCGUCGGCCUCCUUCCCGCAGUGCCCACCUGGUGGGAACUUUUGUCCUUCUUUGCCCCCAAGUCGUGUCAUUUGGCUGCGGGGUUCCGCGCCCCCGGGGCGCCAGUGCUGGGCAGCACGGAGCUGCUUGUGAAUGGAGACUUGCAGGCUGCCCAGGAGUGGGCGGCUGGGCAGGGGCGGCGAACGUUUAGGGCCGGGCAGAGAAAGUUGGAAGUCGUUUCCCUGACCUGUGCCUUGCGAGGCCCGGGAGGAGACGCGCCUGGCCAGUCCUUGGCGCAAAACUGAUUGGCAUCUCCACGCUUUACCUAAAGUCCGGGCUCUGGGGACUGACUGGAUGGCGAGCUGGCCGGCGGCUCCUGCCGCCCCAGCUUUAGCCAGAAGCUGGGAUCUUCCCGCAGCAGUUCGUGUUCCCUGGUGGAAAAUGCAGCCUCAUCUACUGACUCUCCCAUCCAAAAAAAAAGUUAAUUUCCCCAAGGGUCGAGAAAAGUGGGUGGUCGGCACUGUUCCUCAGUCGCACCCUGGUGUAAUUUGAGAGAGGGUUCAAAGGCGCUGAAAAGAUUCUUUUUUCUAUUCCAAGUGCUACAGCAAGCUCAUGAAUCAGUUUUAAUUCAUGCUGAACAGCCUUGCCUCCUCCGAGCCCUGUGUCUUCUCCAAGCCAGAGCUACACAUAAUGUGAAUUAGUUGCCCACUCCUUCUGAGUGAAUCUGUUAGUACCCAUCAUCGUUUUCUAUCCUAAUAAUUCUAGUGGCUAUUUGUAGAAUUUAUUUAUUUGUUUGUUUAUUUUCUUUGAGAUGGAGUUUCGCUCUUGUUGCCCUGGCUGGAAUGCAAUGGGGCGAUCUCGGCUCACCGCAACCUCUGCCCCCUGGGUUCAAGCUAUUCUCCUCCCUCAGCCUCCCGAGUAGCUUGGAUUACAGGCAUGGCCCACCAUGCCAGGCUAAUUUUGUAUUUUUAAUAGAGACAGGGUUUCUCCGUGUUGGUCAGGCUGGUCUCGAACUCCCGACCUCAGGUGAUCCGCCCGCCUUGGCCUCCCAAAGUGCUGGGAUUACAGGCGUGAGCCACUGUGCCUGGCCUAUUUGUAGAAUUUAGUGUGUUUAAGUUUGGCUCACCUAACAGGGUUUAAUUCAUAUGGACAGAUAGAAUGCAAUGUGAUGUGACUUUCCUUCAAAAUUAAGAAGGAAGUGUCAGUGCCAAAAGAAAUAAGCGCGUUGAGGUUUAUCUAGGAGGCCACAUUGUACUUGCCUCUGUCUGUCUUCUCAGUUGCCCCCGCUUUUUUCUUUCCCUAAAAUAUAGGGUUGAGUGUUUUGUGUUGCCUUUGGCCAGGUCGAAAUACUCAGAUUAAGGGUUUGUUUGUAGGCACAGGCCUGAAAAGACAGGACUUUGAACUGAAUCCUCUGUCACUGACAGUUGUGUGGCCUUGGAGAAGACCUUGUCUUGCUCCAGGCUUUAGUUUGCCUUCUGGGAAAGGAUUAGGGCCCUGAUAAACUUUUUAUUUAUUUAUUUUAUUUUAUUUUUUAUUUUCUAUUAUUAUUAUUAUUUUUUUUUUUGAGACAGAGUCUCGCUUUAUUGCCCAGGCUAGAGUCCAGUGGCAUAAUCUCGGCUCACUGCAACCUCCACCUCCUGGGUUCAAGUGAUUCUAGUGCCUCAGCCUCCCGAGUAGCUGGGACUACAGGUGUACAUCACCACGCUGGGGUCAUUUUUGUAUUUUAAGUAGAGACAGGGUUACACCAUAUUCGUCAGGCUGGUCUCAAACUCCUGACCUCGUGAUCCUCCCACCUCAGCUGGCCCAAAGUGCUGGGAUUACAGGUGUGAGCCACCGCGCCUGGCCAGGACCCUGAUAAACCUUUUUAGGAAGAUACCAGAUGGCCACCACCUUUUCAGCCUAGUAAAUGGUCCUGUCUCUCCAUAUCUAUCAACAGCACAUAAAUCAGUGUCUUGCACUUCUAACUUAGUUACUUUAUUAAGUAAUGUGCCAUUGUUGCCACUGGUUUUAAAUUUUUUGUAAAUGAAGGAGGAUUAUUUAAGUCUGGUCAUUGGCAAAAUACUUCAAGAGGUUUAAACAACUUCUCCAUGGCCAAUGUUUCCUGUUGACAUUCAGGGUGACAUUGGUGUUAGGAGUGCGCUUGGUGUUCAUCUCUGAUCCAGCACGAUGGGUCACACGGCUCCUCACUGUGAUGAGGAAUAAGUUGUUCCUUAUUAUUUGCAAAUAAGUUACUAACACCGUUUGAAAAUUAUACAGGAUUGGUUGUUGAGUUGGAUAUUUUAGUCAACAUUUAUUAAGCCCACGCCUCAACAGUAGUUGACUUUUGUCUAAAGAGAGAGAAAGAAAUUCUAGUUUACCCAAAUGCCCAAGGCUCCAACCAAAACAUACUGAAUCAAGAUUUCCAGAAGAAAGUCCUGGCAAUUUGGAUAUUUAAUAAGUGCUCCAGGUUAUCAAGUGGAUUUGGACACAACGGCCCAGGGAUAUGUGGUGCCUGUCAUAAGCUCCAGAGAGCUGCCUUCCACAAGACCAGCAGAAGAGUGGGCAAACAUGAAGUCCAAUCCUGCUAUCCAGGCUGCCAUUGACCUCACGGCAGGGGCUGCAGGGGGUACAGCAUGUGUACUGACUGGGCAGCCCUUUGACACAAUGAAAGUGAAGAUGCAGACGUUCCCUGACGUGUACCGGGGCCUCACCGACUGCUGCCUGAAGACUUACUCCCAGGUGGGCUUCCGUGGCUUCUACAAGGGGACCAGCCCAGCACUAAUCGCCAACAUUGCUGAGAACUCAGUCCUCUUCAUGUGCUACGGCUUCUGCCAGCAGGUGGUGCGGAAAGUGGCUGGAUUGGACAAGCAGGCAAAGCUGAGUGAUCUGCAGAAUGCAGCUGCCGGUUCCUUCGCCUCUGCCUUUGCUGCACUGGUGCUCUGCCCCACGGAGCUCGUGAAGUGCCGACUGCAGACCAUGUAUGAGAUGGAGACAUCAGGGAAGAUAGCCAAAAGCCAGAAUACAGUGUGGUCUGUCAUCAAAAGUAUUCUUAGGAAAGAUGGCCCCUUGGGGUUCUACCAUGGACUCUCAAGCACUUUACUUCGAGAAGUACCAGGCUAUUUCUUCUUCUUCGGUGGCUAUGAACUGAGCCGGUCCUUUUUUGCAUCAGGGAGAUCAAAAGAUGAAUUAGGCCCUGUACCUUUGAUGUUAAGUGGUGGAGUUGGUGGGAUUUGCCUCUGGCUUGCGGUAUACCCAGUGGAUUGUAUCAAAUCCAGAAUUCAAGUUCUUUCCAUGUCUGGAAAACAAGCAGGAUUUAUCAGAACCUUUAUAAAUGUUGUGAAAAAUGAAGGAAUAACAGCCUUAUAUUCUGGACUGAAACCUACUAUGAUUCGAGCAUUCCCUGCCAAUGGAGCACUCUUUUUGGCCUACGAAUAUAGCAGGAAGUUGAUGAUGAACCAGUUGGAAGCAUACUGAAGUGUCUUGGUGGGCCUGAGCCAAGCACAGGUGUUUGAGGACUACAGUUCAUCUCAGGGUUUCUUGGAGUACAAGACCAGUGUGAAGUUAUUCUGAUUUCUUGGGAAUUUUGCUUUUUGUCUUCCCUUCUACCCUACAUCUUAAACUUUACGGAAGAACCUCUAUUUUGCAUCAUAUCAUUUCUGUCCAUAAUUGUACUGAAAUAGAAAAGUCACUGCUCUUGCUCUUGGUAAAAUAUAGAGUGGUCAGUAGCCUUAUGCACCUAAUUCAAAAGGUGGAAUAUAGUUCCGUCAGGGCUUUUACAUAAACCUCCACUUGUACAUGCAAUUUGGACAGUUAUGUGUUGAGGGAAAUACAGUUUGGUUCCAUGUUUAUUUCAAAUAUCAGAAAAACCCAGAGGUGAUCAUUUCUCAUGAAGAUGCUUAUAAAUGGUUGCUUAACCCAUUCUAGAUUUAGGGUCUGCUUAAUGUGUGUACUUUUCUAAGUGGUUGAUUAUUUUUUAUUUUUUUGAUAUGGAGUCUCACUCUGUCACCCAGACUGGAGUGCAGUGGCAUGAUCUGGGCUCACUGCAACCUCCGCCUCCUGGGUUCAAGCAAUUCUCUUACCUCAGCCUCCCGAGUAGCUGGGAUUACAGGUACACGCCACCAUGCCCAGCUAAUUUUUUUUGGUAUUUUUUGUAGAGACGAGGUUUCACCAUGUUGUCCAGGCUGGUCUCGAACUCCUGACCUCAAGCGAUCUGCCCACCUCAGCCUCCCAAAGUGCUGGGAUUACUGGUGUGAGCUACCACGCCCAGCCAGUGGUUGAAUUUUUAAAAAAGUGUUCAUGGGGUGCUUGAAAACUAAAAUAUCCUUCUAGAUUUGUAAGACAGUGUACCUGCAUACUGGUGUGGCUUCCAUACUUGAGUAAAAGCUUCAGAGUAGGCAUCCUAGAUUUCCCCAAGAUGCUGUACUCUUAAAAUAGUGCCAUUCAUUUUCUAGGUGGGAUCAUAUUCCACACUGACUAUAUUGCUAGGGGUGGCCCAGAGGGUCAGGCCUUUGGGAAAUAGCAUGGCCUUUACCAGCUUCCCUUCUCUCCCAAAGAACUUCCUUUCUUGGGCUUUAGAUUGAGGAAGGGGCUGAGUGGUAGGCAGUGCUGCUGUGCGUUGAUGAAGACCCAUGUGGCUGGCAACAGCUCUUACCUUUUGUCUCUGGGUCCUGGCCUGGGUAGGAUUCCUGGGUGUUCUGUUGGCUCAUUUGGGGCCAUCAAUCCACUUUGGACCACUCACUGUCUGCCCUGCCUCCACCAGUCAGAAACCCUUCCAAGGAACAGUGAGAGCCAAAGCCAAGAGAAGCCUUCUUCCCUGUUUGGUGAUUGUGUGACAGUGGGCGAAAUCCUCUCUCAGAGAGAACUAGAAAGAACUCAGUGCUUGUACUCCACAGUGAGUACAAGACAGGAUGGGUCUGACCCAUCCUGAAGCCUGUCUUGCCAUGCUUUUACAGUGUUGGAGGCUUCUACAUUUGGUACUGGCAGUCAGUAAGUCUUAAUGAUGACUGUAUAUGGGAUAUGAGUUUAUAAAGCAAUGGAACAUAAGCAAAGCAAUUGUAGGCCAGGCGCGGUGGCUCACACCUAUAAUUGUAGGCCAGGCGCUGGGCUCAAUCCCAGCACUUUGGGAGGCUGAGGCAGGCGGAUCACAAGGUCAGGAGUUCGAGAACAGCCUGACCAACAUGGCAAAACCCCAUCUCUACUAAAAAUACAAAAAUUAGCUGGGCGUGGUGGCACGCGCCUGUAAUCCCAGCUACUCAGGAGGCUGAGGCAGGAGAAUCGCUUGAACCCGGGAGGCAGAGGUUGCAGUGAACUGAGAUUGCACCACUGCACUCCAGCCUGGGUAACACAGUGAGACUUCAUCUCAAAAAAAAAAAAAGAAAAGCAAUUGUACUUAACUAUGCCCUAUGUAUGUAUUCACUAACCAACCAACCAAACUCCACACUUCAUCUGAUCCCCCAUAGACUUGGGGAUGGACAGCUGUUCUUUGGCCAUAUGGUAUAAGAGGGUCAUUCUUGUCACUGCUAAAGUUAGCCUCAUCAUUUUGUGCUGCUCCAAGAUCAGCAGGGUAUCUCCCAAUAAAGUGUUCCUAAGCAGCCUGUAUACUGAGUGCAAGCAGGCUAACAAUUUUAAUAAUAGUCCAUACCAUGUAUGUGUUUCUGUCAGCAGAAUGUACAUGUUGUACAAAACCUCCAGGUUCCUUAAGCUUUUUGCUGUCCAUGAAUCCUCUGUGGCAACUGUAGUCAUAGAGCCAGAAGACAGAGGGCCAGGGAUAUGAGAGGCUGACAAACAGCAGGGGACAUCUGGGGAGGAGAUCCCGGUCAUAUCUCUUUUGCCGUGGAGCUAUUAUGGCUGGUCUUCCAUUUGCUUUUUCUUUAAGUGAAAACCAUUUUUCUACUUUGCUUUUCUCUCCGCACUUAAAUGGUUAGUAGCUACUGAGUGGUGCUUUAUCUGAAUAGGCCUGGAUUGAAGUAAAAUAGAAAUGGGACUGGCUUUCCACAGGAAGUAAACUGCUUCAGAACCCACAGUCCCCUGCUCAGUGCCUGGAAACAAGUCAGUCAUCCCUGUUGGCAGUAAAUCUUCCCCCAGGCCGUCCAUUAGAGAUUUAACUGCAUGUCUUCAAUAGAAAGAGUCUGAGGCAAGUGGGAGUGCGAAUGGAAGCUUAGGUCGGGAGAAUUUUUUUUUUUUAUUCAUUCUGUUUAAUUAAUUCAGAGUACAAGUUUGUGCUAUUUCAUAUCUGUACUCCAGGCAGAAAUAUAACUUGAAAAUACUGUGUCUAAAGACAUUUCAAUGUUCUAUCAUUAAAUUAUUUACUUAA